UGUCGCCUCCACCGGGGGAGGAUCGGCCUGGCACGGAAUCGCAGCCGUCCAAAACCCUUCCCUUCCCUUCGCAGUGGCUUGACGGGCCGGCGCCGGCGGCGGCGGCGGCGGCGGAGAGGCGGAGAUGCGGUUCACUGCGUCUCCGGUGGUGGAGCUUCCGGUGGGCGGCGCGGUGCUGACGUUCGAGCAGGACAACGACUCAUUCGAGGUGGGCACCUCUGUGUGGCCCUCGUCCCUGGUCCUCGUCAAGUUCGUCGAGCGCUGCCUCCGCGACCCGGCCCUCCCGUUCGCCGACGUGCUCCGCUUCCCCGGAACCCGGGCCGUGGAGCUCGGCGCCGGGUGCGGCCCGGCAGGGCUCGGCCUCUCCCGCCUCGGCCUCACCGACCUCGUCCUCACCGACAUCGCCGCCGUGCUCCCGGCGCUCCGUCGCAACCUGCGCCGCAACCGAGUCCACCUCCCCCGCGCGCCUCGCCUCGCCCAGCUCCACUGGAACUGCCCCGCGCAUCUCGCCACGCUAGCCACCCCGCGCCGCUUCGACCUCGUCGUCGCCGCAGACGUGGUCUACGUCCAGGAGUCCGUGCCGCACCUCAUUGCGGCCAUGGAUGCGCUCGCCGACGCUGAUCGCGGCGUGGUGCUGCUCGGCUACCAGAUCCGGUCGCCCGAGGCGCACCAGGCGUUCUGGGACUCUGUUCCGGCUGCCUUCCCGGUGAUCGAGAAGGUGGCACGGGAGCACCUCGACCCUGAGUACGCCUACGAGGAAUCCGAUGUAUACAUACUUCGAAGGAGCCCGCGUCAGUGAGGUCAGGUGGUGAACAAUUGCUGACAAUUUACUCGCCAAAGUUGUGUUUAUUCAGCUCAGAAGUUAUGAGCUUCUAGUCAUGGUGACUAGUGAGGAUAUGUAAUAGAAAUUCUGUAGUUGUUUCUUGAUGAAUCGAUGCAUCGUGUGGGUUAGUAGACAACUCUAAUAAUGAGAUUAUCAGUUAAAGUCGAUCGGCUUUUUUCCUCCACAAAAAAUUCGAUCGGCUUGCCAAUAUACUAAGUUAUGAAGAACAGAAGAAGUCCUUGCUUUAUGUGUUGGGUUGCAGUAUCAGCAUACCACUAUUAA